AAUUAAAACUAAGACAUUUGAAGUAUGGAACCUCAUAGGCCAGCAGUAUGGCUAGACGAUACAAGAAUGAAUGUCUUGUUUUCGCCUUUUCGAGAAAAGAAUUUAAACCCUUCAUCGUGGAAUCAGAAAAUGAAAUUUUGGAUUCAAGUCAUAGAAGACGAGUUUAAACAUUCAAACAAGUGUAUUCUAGAAAGAAAAUCCAUACCAUUCGUUUUCAAGAGAAAAGGAAAAAUGCCAAGCUGUUUAGAUACUGUGAUUACAGAAAUGCUAAGCCUUGGAAAGAUUCGAAAACUUCAGAACAGUGACAUUCUCCAGCCACCUUCAGAAGCCAGUGGUAAGGGCUGGCUGACGUGGGGAUAUGACACCCUACUUAAGUCACCCAUCACUUGGAGCUGGAAAGCAUUGACUAAAGACGAGAAAAAUGAGGAUAAUACACAAUACAUAUUGGAGGAGUGUUUAAAAGAUCAGUGCACCAAAGUUCUACAGAGGCAUCAGUGUCAGGUGUAUUGUGACAUUGUCAGCAACAUUAUGGAAUACUCUGUGCUCUACGUUCAGUGUGGUGAUCUGUGUUCCUCAGAACUGGAAUUUAAGGUCGUGUUACAACAGCUCGUAAAAGAAAACAAAGCAGUGAUCAGUUCAGAUCAAGACACUGUUAUUGUUAAAUUUUGUUCACGGGAUGAUGACCAAGUGAAGAAAAUUACAGAGGAAGAUUUAAAGAUUUUGAGAAUUAAGAAAACAUCUGGUAAACUUUUGAACGAUGUUGAAAAACUGUCAGCUGUAAGUGAGAGAUUAAAAAUGGAAGCUAUUCAACAUAAAAAUCAAAGCAAGAGGCAACAUGCUUUGAGAGCAUUCAGACAGUAUAAGAGAAUUCAGGACAGAAUUUCCAAAUUAUCAAACUCUAUUGACUUUUUAGAUGAUAUUUUACACAGGAUAAGCCAUGCUGCAUCAGAAGAAAUGAUUGUAAAGGCCAUUGAAAGUGGAACUCAAGCUUUAAAAAGCAUCAAUGAAAGAAAUGACCUAGAUAAAGUUACUGACAUCAUGGAUGACUUGAGUCAGACAAUAGAGGAUCAGGAGGACAUUCAGAAUGAAUUAGGAAGAUUAAGUAAGGAUGAUGAAGAGUCCUUGGAGGCUAGUCUAGAGAAUCUGCUCAAGGGAGAUAAUUCACCUCUAGUGGAUGUUCCCACAACACUCUCUGAUGUAAUGGAUGGAAAAGGUGAUCAGUUGUCAAGUGCAGAUGAACUAGCAGAUCUACUGUCUGAUCUGAAAUUGCCUGAGGUGCCAGAGUCUCCUCCAGGAAGAGAAAAGGAUUAUGGGAGAAAGGAACUACCAGCACAUGAAGAUAUAUUUAUUCCAGAUUUAUCUCUACAAGAAGCAAAAACAACAGAAAAGUCAAAGAAGAAAAAAGAGGCUGCUUGAUAAUGUAUAGAAGAAGUAUACCCAAGUCUUUCACUGAACAAAUUAGGAGCAUUAAAUAUGUAUUUUAUUUAAAAGCAAUCAUGCUUAUCAUUUCACUUCAUAAUCAUAUCAAUUAAAUAUUUAUACUGCUUAAUAUCCCUUCAAAGUAUUUUUAAUUAUGGAUAUAUUUUCAUCAAAUUAUUAUCAUAUCUUGAUAUUUUAGUGAAUUAUUAAACA